ACCCGCAGGUGGUGCACAGCUCCAUUCACUUUUUACACAAAUUACAACGCGUUCUUGUACGGCCUCAGAUUCCUCUCUCCCUUUUGACUCUGGAAUGAUGGAGCGAAAUACGUCUGGCGCGUGUGACGCAAACGCCUCAUCCGCCGGCGAGUUUAUGCUCUUCGGUGUUAGGGUGGUGGUGGAUUCGAUGAGGAAGAGCGUCAGCUUGAACAACUUGUCGCAGUAUGAGCAGCCACCGGACUUGAAUAACAACGAUAACAGCAACAUCAGCAGGAACAACAAUAAAGAGGAUGCACCGGCCGGUUAUGCAUCCGCAGACGACGCCGUUCACCAUUCCAAUGGUAGUCGCGAGCGGAAGCGAGGAGUUCCAUGGACAGAGGAAGAACACAAGCUGUUCCUGCUUGGAUUACAGAAGGUAGGGAAAGGAGAUUGGAGAGGAAUCUCCAGAAACUUUGUCAAAACUCGCACCCCUACGCAGGUGGCCAGCCAUGCUCAGAAAUACUUUCUCAGGCGAAGUAAUCUCACUCGCCGUCGACGAAGAUCUAGCCUCUUCGAUAUCACUACUGAUACGGUUACUGCAAGUUUGAUGGAAGAGGAACAGGCUCAUCACCAGGAGAAAAACAUCAUCAACAGCAACAUCACUGGCGCCACCACAUCUCAAUCGCAUCCUUUCGCUCCAUCACUAGAAACUGGGAGUUCAAGUGGUUUUACUCCAUUGAAAGCUUUCUCCGUGGGUGUGGCUGCCAAUCCUGUAAUAUUACCUGUCCCAACCCAUGAUCCAAUGGAAACACUUGCAUUAGGACAUAGCAAUCAGGACAGUCUGGAGACGAGAAACCCCAUUCGUCCGAUCCCUAUUAUUCCAGCUCCCCAUGCAUCCACAACAUCUGAUCUUAGCUUGAAUUGGAAUUCUGCCAGCGAUUCUUCAUCUUUGUCGCUCAAGUUGUCUUUGCCCUCAAAUCAUAAAGACUCUUCAACAAGGUACACAGCUUUGCAGAUGACGUCAAGCCGUAAUGGAGGAGAUAGCAUUGUCAGUGUAGCUUGAGAAGUAUGGGGAUGAAGAAAGUGUACUGUUAGAUAAGAAUGGGUCAGGUCAGAGAAGGUUAAGCUAAAUUAGGUGACCAGAGGCUGAAUUUGAUCUUUUUUUAUUUUGUUGUACAGACCAGAUAAGAAAUCGCCAUGUCUUUGAUUCCUUCUUGUUUCAUGCUUGUAUCAUCUUAAAAUUAUUGUUUAAUUAUGUUUGUUUUUUGAGUUAAACUGAAACUAACAGUUACUCUGGUUCAUAAAUAUAUUUAUGGUUAGGCAUAAAGUUUAGA